AUGCCUCCCUCCCACCGCUGCACACUGUGCCCCCAGUCGCGCAUUACGCAAUGCAAUAGCGAGCUCAACAUGAAGUCUCACUUGGGCGCCAUGCACAACAUGGGCCCCUACGAGUGCUUAGUCACUGGCUGCGGUCGCCGUACCAACAGAGAAGACCGCAACGAGAAGAACCACAUGAGGCCUAGCGACCACCCUGCUCAAUGGCAUAGGCCACAAGCCCUGGCCAACGCCUUGACAAGAGAGGCCUCGGCUUGUCGUCAGGCCUUUGUUGCCGCCCACGCUCUCCCUCCUCCCGCCGCCGCUCAAGCUCCUGCCGCCGCCGCUCUCCCUUCCCCGGUCGCCGCUCAAGUCCCUCCCGCCGCCGCUCAAGUCUCUGCCGUCGAUAUGCCUCCUCUCGCCGGCCUUGCUGUCUCCACCCCUCCCGCAGCCGCUCAAGCCCAUGUCAUUGCUGCUCCAGCCCCUGUUGCUGGCCCCUCUACACCUCCCACCGCCCCUGCUCAAGGCCCAAGUGGUGGUGCCCCCACCAGAGCCUACCUCAACCCCGUUGCGUUGCACAUGAUGGAGGGCCUCAAGCGCCUGUCAGUCAUCAGGCCCGACAAUCCUCGCAAGAUGCUGGGCGAGUAUCUCCUGAGACGUCAUGCCGGCCAGCCUGAUGAUCAAGACAACAUCCUCCCUCGUGCCGCUCAGAGUUACACUGGUGGCGAAUCCUGGAGAGAAUACUACCACCGCACUGGAAUCGCGUUGUACCUUGUGGAGGGCAACAGGUAUCUGGCUCACUACAAGCCUCAGGAGCCAUUGAAGUGGCUAGGUCAGUACCUCGUGACUCACAGUGCUGAACACGAGGGUUAG